AUGAGACUCCCCAAACUCCUUACUUUUUUGCUUUGGCACCUGGCUUGGCUGGACCUGGAAUUGAUCUGCACUGUGUUGGGUGCCCCCGACUUAGGCCAGAGACCCCCAGGGGCCAGGCCAGGGUUGGCCAAAGCAGAGGCCAAGGAGAGGCCACCCUUGGCCCGGAACAUCUUUAGGCCAGGGGGUCACAGCUAUGGUGGGGGGGCCACCAAUGCCAGGGCAAAGGGAAGCUCUGGGCAGACACAGGCCAAGAAGGAUGAGCCCAGAAAAAUGCCCCCCAGAUCAGGUGGGCCUGAAACCAAGUCAGGACCCCCUCCCCAGACUAGGCAGCCUGCAGCACGGACUGUAACCCCAAAAGGACAGCUUCCUGGGGGCAAAGCAUCCUCAAAAACAGGAUCUGCCCCCAGCUCCUUCCUGCUGAAGAAGACCAGGGAGCCUGGGACCCCUCGAGAGCCCAAGGAGCCGUUCCGCCCACCCCCCAUCACACCCCAUGAAUACAUGCUCUCGCUGUACAGGACGCUGUCCGAUGCUGACAGAAAGGGACGCAACAGCAGCGUGAAGUUGGAGGCUGGCCUGGCCAACACCAUCACCAGCUUUAUUGACAAAGGGCAAGAUGAUCGAGGCCCUGUGGUCAGGAAGCAGAGGUACGUGUUUGACAUCAGUGCUCUGGAGAAGGAUGGGCUGUUGGGGGCUGAACUGCGGAUCUUACGGAAGAAGCCCUUGGACAUGGCCAAGCCAGCGGUCCCCAGUAGCGGGCGGGCUGCCCAGCUGAAGCUGUCCAGCUGCCCCAGCGGCCGGCAGCCGGCAGCCUUGCUGGAUGUGCGCUCCGUGCCAGGCCUGGAUGGGUCUGGCUGGGAGGUGUUCGACAUCUGGAAACUCUUCCGAAAUUUUAAGAACUCAGCGCAGCUGUGCCUGGAGCUGGAGGCCUGGGAACGGGGCCGGGCUGUGGACCUCCGUGGCCUGGGCUUUGAACGCGCUGCCCGACAGGUCCACGAGAAGGCCCUGUUCCUGGUAUUUGGUCGUACGAAGAAACGGGACCUGUUCUUUAAUGAGAUUAAGGCCCGUUCUGGCCAGGAUGACAAGACUGUGUAUGAAUACCUGUUUAGCCAGAGGCGGAAACGGCGGGCCCCACUGGCCAACCGCCAGGGCAAACGACCCAGCAAGAACCUCAAGGCUCGUUGUAGUCGGAAAGCUUUGCAUGUCAACUUCAAGGACAUGGGCUGGGACGACUGGAUCAUUGCGCCCCUUGAGUAUGAGGCCUUCCAUUGCGAAGGACUGUGUGAGUUCCCCCUGCGCUCCCACUUGGAGCCCACAAACCAUGCGGUCAUCCAGACCCUUAUGAAUUCUAUGGACCCUGAGUCCACACCACCCACCUGUUGUGUGCCCACACGGCUGAGUCCCAUUAGCAUCCUCUUCAUUGACUCCGCCAACAAUGUGGUGUAUAAACAGUACGAGGACAUGGUGGUAGAAUCUUGUGGCUGCAGGUAG